AUGGCCACCUACUCUCCCUACGGGUCCACUCCCGGCCAGGAGUAUCUUUAUGACGAAAAGAAGUUCCCCAGCCCGUCCCCGACACCGUCCCCACGUGGUCCGAGUUACUACUACGGCGCGACUCCGCAGCGCCCCGCGACGCGAGCUCACUUUCGCAACGGAAGCACCAGUGGCAUCAACAAUGGUUACGCCAGCCCCCGCGGCCCCUCAUUUUCACCCCGGUACACGAGCGACGGCCAAUACGCCACUGUCAAUGUGAGUGUCUCGCGGUCACGCAAGCCCAGUUUCUCGGGUCCGCCGCGCACCACGCGCGAACGCCGUUCCUCUUUUUCCUACCAUCGCGCCUCGGUCUCCCACGGGGAAUCCGACGAGGACGAGUUUAUCGAUCUCGGCGGCGGCCAGACCUUUGUGCUGCCCGGGCGGUCCCGGCCGAGGCCAUACAAGGACCACUUCACUGUCAACGCUGGUGGGCAUGGAACUGAUUACGGCUACUACGCACAGGGCGGUCCAAUCUUCGACAGAGAGGCUCCUGGGUUCGCGUCGCCGCGGUACGAGGCAGAUCGCCGGCCGCCGGUCGCUGGUCACCCGGUCGCUGGUCAUUCCCGCCGCAACUCCACCUCGGUGCCUCAACGGCCACAGACCGCCCGGCCUUCGGCCACCGUGCACAAGAAGCCACCACCACCUCCCGUGACCCGCCAGGCCACGGAGGCCGAUGCCAAGCGGCACAAGAUUCCGGCGGGCUACUCGCUGAAGAACUGGGACCCAACCGAGGAGCCCAUCAUGCUCCUUGGAAGCGUCUUUGAUGCCAACUCCCUAGGCAAGUGGAUCUAUGACUGGACCGUCUACCACCAUGGCGCCGGCUCUCCCAUCGGCGAGAUGGCCGGCGAGCUCUGGCUUUUCCUUAUUCAACUAGCUGGGAAGAUCAAGCGGGCCGAGGAGAUUGUCCCCAUGAUCCGGUCCAAGGAAAACCGUGAGAUGGUUGAGGAGUUUAUCGAGGCUGGCGAGCGGCUCACCGACAAGCUCCGUAAGCUUCUCAAGGCCUGCGAGGCACCCAUGCUCCGUUCCGGUUCCAAAAAGAAGGAGGGACAACUCGGCAAGAGCGCCGGCGUUGAGUUUGUCGAGACUCUGUUCGGCGCCGACCGCGAGCUUGACAAGACGCAGCGCUUUAUGGCGUCUGUCCGCCUCUGGAACCUUCGGUUUGACAUGAACUGCGAGGAUAUCCUCAAGAAGCCGACCAUGUAA